AUGGCUCCCUCUGCUUCACUUGUUCUGAAACUCAAAGAUGUUUUCAGUCUAACAAACCUCGCAGUUCUCCUGUUGAACAACAGCUGCAUCACCCCUGUGCCCACAGAGCCAUUGAGUCUGUGGUCUUUAUACAGGCUAAAUUUGGGAAAUGCCUUAAAGAAGGUCCCUGGUGUGUUGUGCUAUCUGACGUCCUUGAAGAAACUUUGUCUCAACCAAAUUACAGUCGUGCCACCUGCUACAGGAAGGUUCUCACUCCUUGUUGUGUUCAAUCUGAACCACGACCAGAUUCGAGGACUUCCACCACAAAUGCAAACCUGUCUUUUCAUUAGUUUGAGGAGGCUUCAACAUCUCAGUAUGCUGGACAGUGAGCUGAAGGAGAUCCCUGAUGAGUUGGGCCACCAGUUGUCUGAGCUAAACUUGAAUGACAAUAAUUUGUCCUGGGUGCUUCAGCAGCUGUACCAGUGUAAAGAACCAACCAAGCUGCAUGUAGCCAAUAACAAGCUGACCAGCCUACCAGAGGGAAUCAGGGCACUGACAAAACUCCAAGUUCUAGAUGUGGCUGGGAACAAGAUGUUCUGA